GUAUUUUGACUUUUGACGGAUGCUCAAAAUGUCAAAUAAUUAAAAAGAAUGAAAUUAUAAAAUGUUAUUUUUAGCAUUUUUAUUGCAAUUUAAUAAAAUGAUUAGGCCUUAGCAAAGUGAAAACAUGACUACAAGAAAUCCAACAACUCUAAUGACAAUUCCAAAUGAAGAGGCAUUCGAUUUUCUAUUCAAAAUUGUAAUUGUAGGUGAAUGUGGCACUGGUAAAACUUGUGUUGUUCAACGAUUUAAGAGUGGAACUUUUAUUGAAAGACAUGGAAAUACUAUAGGAGUGGAUUUUUCUAUGAAAACAGUAGUAGUUGAUAAUAAAAAAGUGAAGUUACAAAUUUGGGACACAGCAGGUCAAGAGAGGUUUAGGACCAUAACCCAAAGUUAUUAUCGUUCUGCCAAUGGUGUAAUAAUUGUUUAUGAUAUAACCAAAAGAUCUUCAUUUUUAUCUGUAGGAAAAUGGGUUGAGGAAGUAAAAAGAUACUCUGGUAACUCUGUCUUACUUGCUGUAGUUGGAAAUAAAGCAGAUUUAGAAACUUUACGGGAGGUCGAAUUUGAAGAAGCAGAGGCACUUUGUCAAUAUAUGCCAGAUGUACUUUUUGUAUUAGAAGCCAGUGCAAAGUCUAAUUCUAAUAUAGAAGAAGCUUUCAUGUAUCUUGCCACAGAAUUAAAGAGACGACAUGACAAUGGUUUACUUAUACAAGAUGAUGAUGAUGAAGAUACAAUUAGACUGGGGGAAAGUAGAUCAAUUUCAAAAUGUAGCAGUUGUACAAAAGGCAUGUCGAGAAUACGGAACUUACAUAGCGUUUUAAAUUCAAAAAAAUGCUAUAAAUCACAACAGAAGAUAAUUUAAAAUAUAUAUCAAAGAAAAAAGUUGUUUUUGUCUUUCGUU